AUGCCGUGGGGGACGCGGCAGGAUCCACACGAAGCCGGUCUUUGCGAUGAGUAUUGUUCCGCAGACAUUGUCCCGGCCAAGUUGUGCAGCAGUGCCGGGCCCAACGCCAAGCAGCUCGCCGGGCUCAAGGGACGGUCAACUGCGCUCCGAGAUGGCACCGGCCGAGACGGGCGGUCGGCAUUCGGCUAUUCGUGCCCACCCGCCCCUGCCACCGACAGCUGGAUCAGUGACAUGACGUGGUGUUCAUCAAUUAUCUCUUACCACAAUCUCCUCAACACACCACCUGACAGCAUCAUGAGCCAGCGCGUCGCCAUUGUCACUGGGGCUGGGAGUGGGUUCGGUGCGGCCAUUGCGCGCCGGUUCGCCAAGGAUGGUGUGGCUGUUGUCGUGUGUGAUAUUAACGACGUUGGAGGACAGGAGGUCACGGACGACAUCAACGCCAAGGGCGGCAAGGCGAUCUAUAUCAACUGCGACGUGUCCAAGCGCGAGCCGUGGGUGAAGAUGCUUGCCGAGACGAAGAAGCAGCUCGGCGGCGUCAACUUUGUCAUCAACAACGCCGGGGCGACAUACAAGAACAAGCCUGUGCUGGAGACGACUGAACGCGACUUUGAUCUGUGCUUUGACGUCAACAUGAAGAGCGUGUUCCACAGUGUUCACGUGAUGAUUCCGGCCCUCCGCGAGACGCGCGCCGGUGGCGGUCCAGCGGCGAUCGUCAAUGUCGCUAGCACGGCCGGGAUUAUGGGCCGUCCGGGACUGACGUGGUAUGCGGCUAGUAAGGCGGCUUGUAUUAGCUGCACCAAGAACCUGGCGAUUGAGUUUGGGCCAGAGCAGAUUCGGUUUAAUGCGAUUUGCCCGGUUUUCGGGAACACGGGACUCAAGCAAAUGUUUAUGGGCGAGACGACGGAGGAUAUGUUCAUCAAGAGCAUUCCACUUGGGCGGUGCUCGGAGCCGGAGGAUAUCGCCAACUCGACCGUCUUCCUGUGUUCGGACGAGGCAUCGUUCCUCACCGGCGUCGCACUUCCUGUCGACGGCGGCCGUCUCGCCUAA